AUGAAAAUUUGGACAUCAGAACACGUAUUCGACCAUGACUGGGAGACCGUGGUCACAGCUGCAUGGCGAAAGUAUCCGAAUCCGAUGAACCAGGGAGUGACUGGAAUGGAUGUUUUGAGGCAAAAUCUGCAAGGAGGAAAACUUCUGUCUGAGAGAAUCAUCCAGUCUCAUUUCCACAUACCAAGUUGGGCAACAAAGUUAACUGGUUUCUCGGGAACACAGUACUCCCACGAAUAUACAGUAAUCGAUCCAGAAAGCAAAACUAUGGCAUUGACGACUCGAAAUCUCAAUGGCUCUCAUUUUCUCCGAGUAGACGAAAAGCUCACCUAUACGCCGCUGCCAGAUGAUCCGAAAAAGACUAUAUUAAAGCAAGAAGCCAUAGUGACAAUUACCCUACCAGCAUUUGCAGAUUACUGUGAGAAAACGUUCAUUGGUGUCUAUUCAUCGAACGCUGCAAAGGUCAAAUUCGAUUCUCGACUGAGGAUUCCGACCCUUGGCGUACUCUUGUAG